CCCGCCACAAGCCCACAAAUAUUAUGCGAGAGAGAGAGCACCCGUUACCGCCUCCCUCACCUCACGCUGACGAUCGCCACCGCCUCCCCCGCAAAACCGUCGCGCCGACUCACUCUCGCCGCCGCCGCCGCCGCCGCCGCGAGAUCCGAUCGCCAUGACGAUCUCCUAGUCCCUCGCCUCCCGCCUCGGCCCCGGCGGCCCCACGAGGUGGAGCCCCUACGCCCGGGCCCCCGAUCCCGGCCACGGGGCGGGGAGGAGCUCCGUUCCUCCCGGUGGUGGUGGUAACUCCCGCCCUCCCCUCCGCGUCGCCCCCGCCACGGCGAGGCUCCUCGGCCACCCCGCGCGGAAGGGGGCCGCGGCGCCGCCCGGAUCGAGGUGCCGCGCGGAGGCGGAGGCGGAGGCCACAGCCGCCUCCGAUGCUGCCUGCCCUAACCCGCCGCGGCGUGGGUGCGAAGAGACGAACCCGAACCCGAACCCUAAGAGAAACCCUAAGCCGGCGGAGAGAGGGGAGGAGCCGCCCGUCCGCGCCGUCGGCUGCGGCGGAUUCGCCUUCCUCUGCGCCCUCGCUGGCCACACCGAGGCUAUCAGUGGGAUCUCUCUGCCUGUGGGUUCCGACAAGCUUUACUCCGGCAGCGCUGACGGCUCCGUCCGCGUCUGGGACUGCAACUCUGGCAAGGUAGCUGGGCUCUCCGCUCUCGGCACUCCCUUCAGGCUCUUUACGCACGAUUCAAGUUGAGUAAAUUCAAGUUGGGGGUUGCAUCUGCGUCGAUUCCUCCGUUGAUUGUGGCGGUCUUUGAAGUGCUUCCAUGAGAUCAAUUGGGGAGUACUAUCUGAUUGCUUCCUGUGGUCAGACAUAUUGGUACCAAAUCAGUUUUUUCUUUGCAAGAUUGGGGUUAUCGGCAUGCCGGACCGAAUUGUUACGGGAAUCUUUUCGCCUGCUUGUGUACUGUUGAUCAGUAUAUCAGGGUCAGUUUGCGAGCAAGGCAAUGAGGCUGGUUUGGCUGAUAAGCAAGGGGCUCUCUGGAAUUACAUUACAGUUCUCUCUGGCUGAUGGUCCAUACAUGGUUUUGUCAAAAAAAAAGUAGUGAAAAAAAGAAAGAGAAAGUAAAAAAAAAAGAAAAAAAAAGAUGUGAGAUGAUUGAUGAUUAUAUUUUCUUGGAAAGAGAAGACUGAACAAGGAGGAAAAGAUAGGUGUCUGGCUGAUAAAAAAAUUCUAAUAUUUAUUACAUUGCAUUGUUUUCUUAAUGUUUCUGUCAUAGUGCGUUGAUGCCAUCAAGAUGGGAGGCAAGAUUGGUUGCAUGAUUACCCAUGGCCCAUGGAUAUUUGUUGGAAUCACGAAGUCCGUGGAGGCAUGGAACACACAAACAGGGAUGAAGUCCAGUCUCCGUGAACCUUCUGGUCUGGUUUGUUCCAUGACUAUCAAGGAUGAGAUGUUGUUUGCUGGUACCGGAGAUGGUCGCAUCAUGGCUUGGAAAAUUCCUGACAAGAAGGGUGACUCUGGACCAGUGGCAAUCCUCAGUGGCCAUGAGCGCCAAGUGAUUUCGCUCGGUGUCUCAGUAACAAGGCUUUACUCUGGCUCACUUGACAAGACCAUCAAAGUAUGGGACCUUAAAACUCUGCAGUGUGUCCAAACACUCUCUGAGCACAAAGCUGCUGUAACAUCUGUGCUUUGUUGGGAUGAAAAACUAUUAUCUUGCUCUCUGGACAAGACUGUAAAGAUCUGGGCUGCUUCAAAGUCUGGAGACCUUCAAGUGAUAUAUACCCAUUCUGAGGAGCAUGGAGUACGCACGCUCUUUGGCAUGCACCGUGUUGGAAAGACGCCAGUUCUGUUCUGCUCCCUCCACAACAGCAACUGCAUACGUCUGUUCGACCUGCCAUCGUUCGACGAGAUGGGCAAGCUUUUCUCCAAGAAGGAAGUGAGGACCAUCGAGCUCGCAGCCGGCGGCCUCCUCUUCACCGGCGACGGCGCCGGCGAGCUGAAGGUGUGGAGGUGGGCGCCCGAGGAGGAGCCUGCAACCCCGGCGCUCGUGAAAUCAUCAAUGUAGAAGCACUGUAGCGUCGUUGAGUAAAGAUAGCAGCUCCUGCGAAUUGUCGUGAGCUCCAUCUCAGAAUCCAUGUAGUAAUAACUUAUGACAAUGCUGAUGUAAAUAUAUUUGCCCAAUCCUGAGGCCUGAUUAGCAAUAUUAUGUUCCAUUCUCCCA